UGUGUGUGUUGUCUCUUCGCAGGAAGCUGGUUUUCAGAGCAAUGGACUUGCCGCGAUUGCUCACGUGCGAUGAAGCUCUCCACCUGGCUUCACUAUCAAAGUCAGACUUGCGGCACUCGGCUUCAGAGGCCGAGCGGGCUCCGCGCCGAGUGGAAGCCCGGGACGGACGGGAGACCUGGGAGGCGCUCGCUGCGCGGCUGUGCGCACCGUUGGCCUCCGAGCCCAUGCGUGCCUUCCACGAGCGCCAGCAGAUCCACAGACGACAACUGGAGGAGAUGUCCGAGUGCACCUUCACGCCCGACCUCUCCACCAGCACCGCCAGCCGACAACUUCAGCUCAGAAGCUCCCCAGCCAGCUGCCAAAGUGAGGACAGGCCGCCGAUGCCCAAGACGAACCCCAUUCCGGAGCACUUCUCCAGCGCGCGCGCCUACGUCUCGCAGAACGUCUUCCGGCGCUUGAGUCGGCCGAGACGGGUGCCGGAAGUACCGACCGCGCCAGAGAAGUUUGGAGACUUGCGGGGCUUCCUGGAGCGGCAGAAUGCCUGGGAGGAGCGGCGCCAGCAGCGCCUCAAAGCUCCCCGGGCGCCUCCCGGACCUUCCGGGCCUUCCGGGCCUUCCAGACGUGCCAAGUCGCCUUCCAUACCUUCACGAGGGUCUGGAGGGUUUGGGGGGUCUGGGUCCGGGUACCCACACGUCUCACUCAAGGGGCCUUCCGAAGACACUCAGUCGCGUCUCAGCCCACUGCAUGAGCGGGAGGAGCUGAUCUCAGAAAUCUUGCAGAGGGAAGCGUGGACACGAUCAAUCUAGCGCACGUCCAACGCAGUCCGCACCGGUUGCUUUGCCAAAGUUCAGCUGCCGAGCCUAAGCCAAUGACUCCG